AGGGAUGUAAUUCCCCGGAACUAGAUCUAGACUGUUUUUAUAAAAUGGCGUAGUAAAGGAAAAGGUAAAGUCUUCCAAAAAACAUAUUGCCACCAACGUUGGAAAAGCCAUUAUGAAUAUUGUUUUUAGAGUUGCAUUUUGAUAAUAAAAAGAACCAUGAAGGUAGUAUGUGUUGUUAAUGAGAAUGGUGAGCUGAAGGGUCCUGCAGUCAGCAGUGAGCUAUUGCUAGCUAGAGAAAAGGCUUUUAAGGAGUUACAGACAGUUGUUAAAGAAGCAAAUGGCACUUUAGAAUUAGUGCCUUUUCAGAAGUUAGACUUUGGUGAGACAGCUGUCCUUGACACAUUCUACAAUGCUGAGCUGGCAGUGGUGGACAUGUCUCUGUCAGUGCAGCAGGCACCACUGUUUUACCAUAUUGGCAUUAGGCAGUCAAUGGGUAUGAAACACAAUAUUGUCACCAUCUUUGAUUCAGAUCCAGAGAUGUCCAUGUCACUCAAGAUGUCCUGUCAAGCAGGCAUUCUCUUUCUUCCUUACCAAAUUGAUGGCAAUGGUCAGUGUGUUGUGAGUGAUCCAGGAGCCACAAGAAUGUCUGAACUAUGUGUUAUCCAUCCUGAAACUAUUGGGCUUGGGAAAAAACUGAAGACUAUGUUUGAAGAUAUGGAUGAAGAUAAUAUAAUUCACGCUAAAGAACGAUUUUUAAGUGAUCUCAGGAAAGCCAGAGAGACUUACAAAGGAGAAGAUCUAAAACAGGCCUUAUUGGGAAUGCGUAGAAGGCUUGACGACCCCCAGUUGUUAACUGUAGACACUGUAUUCAAUAUGCUGAUUUCCUUCCGAGAGGUCCAGGACUACAAAGCAAUGGUUAAACUUGUUGAAGAUGUCAGUACCUUCCCUUUCAUUAAGAUUGAGAACAACAUUGGCAUACAGUAUUUGUAUUCCUUUUCAUUAAAUAGGAAUGGUAACAGAGAAAAAGCAUUGAGUGUUAUAUUGAAGGCAAUAGAGAAGUCAGAAACUCCUGUUCCUGACAUGAUAUGUUUGUGUGGUCGAAUCUAUAAGGACAAGUUUGUUGAUUCUGAUUACACUGAUCAAGACGCUCUUCAUAAUGCAAUCACCUGGUAUAGAAAGGGCUUUGAAGUUCAGCCCAAUGAAUAUGCUGGGAUAAAUCUAGCCACACUACUUGUUAUCUCUGGCAAAGACUUCAGUACUUGUACUGAGCUCCAGAGAAUUGGUAUUACACUGAACAACCUAAUUGGUAAAAAAGGCAGCUUAUCAUCUCUGAACAACUAUUGGGAUGUGGCAACAUUCUUUGAGAUUAGUGUUCUGGCAGAAGACUUCAACAAAGCUGUUCAGGCAGCUGACUGUAUGUACAGACUGGAGCCGCCAGAAUGGUAUUUAAAAUCCACAAUAGGGAACAUUACUCUCAUAAAUAGGUUUCGUAAGAGCAAAAAUAACAAUAUCAACAGUAAGGAAUCUCAGCUUUUUGUUUUUUGGAUGGAUUUCUUUAUUGAAGUCUCAAAACCAUUAUCAGAAUUGACUAGCAGUCAGUUUCCUGUACUUCUUCUUGAACCCAACAGAGAGUUCAUUCCAAGCUACAUCCAAAUUAAUGUAGAAAUCCAAGAAAAGAAUGUACGUUUGUGGCAUGUUUGGCAAGACCCUAAAGAUCAUCGUCCAAAUGAUUGGACAUUUCCUGCUGAAACUAUCAAAAGAGUCAGCUUGUACAAGCGAGACUCUAGAGCUAUAUUCCUGUAUGUUCAAGAUAUCUCAGAUGAUGACUAUCAUAUUUUUUUCUCAUCAGAUGACCAGGCUCAAAGAUUUUAUAGAAUGAUGAGUUCAUUAGCCACAAGUCCUGACUGUUUGAAUGAUGAAGAUGACAUUGAAGAUGUAGUGGAUUAUGUCUAUGAUCUGGAUGAUAAAGGUAACCGCAUACUUCUGGGUAAAGGUACAUAUGGUGCAGUUUAUGCUGCUAGAGAUAAAAAAACACAAAUAAAAGUGGCAGUUAAAGAAGUGCCUGAGAAGUAUCACCAAGAGGUGCAGCCAUUACAUGAAGAAAUAAAACUACAUAUGAGACUUAGCCAUAAAAAUAUUGUCAGAUAUCUAGGCUCAGUGAGUGAAGAGGGCUAUUUUAAAAUCUUCAUGGAACAAGUUCCUGGAGGAAGUCUUUCCCAGUUAUUGAGGUCUAAGUGGGGUCCCCUGAAAGAAAAUGAGCCUACCAUUGCAUUUUAUACCAAACAAAUAUUGGAAGGAUUAAAAUACUUGCAUGAUAACAAGAUAGUCCACAGAGAUAUCAAAGGUGACAAUGUUCUUGUAAACACUUACAGUGGAGUUUUAAAAAUCUCUGACUUUGGAACUUCUAAAAGGCUGUCAGGGAUCAAUCCCUGUGCUGAUACUUUUGCUGGUACAAUUCAGUACAUGGCACCUGAAGUCAUUGAUAAAGGUAUCAGAGGAUAUGGCCCACCUGCUGAUAUUUGGUCUCUAGGCUGUACAGUUAUAGAAAUGGCUACUGGUAAACCACCUUUUAUUGAGCUUGGAUCACCAGAAGCUGCCAUGUUUAAAGUAGGUUUCUACAAGAUGCAUCCACAAAUACCAGAGUCCAUGUCAUCUCGAGCUAAAGAAUUUUUGCUGAGAUGUUUUGAGCCUGAACCCCAAAACAGAGCUACAGCAACAGAGCUUUUGGACCAUCCAUUUUUAUAUGAAAAUUUGGGCAGCAGAAGAAAAAGAGCUAGAAAAACAAAAGAAGAGCAUGAACAUGUUGACUUUCUGAGAAGUGUUUCAGAACCAAUGGGGAAAGGUAAAAGCAUGGAUGAACUGAAACUAAGGAUACCUAGAAUCACAAAACUUCAGACAGAGCUGUUUGGUAGCCAGGAAAACCUUCGUGAAGAGCUUGAUACAAUAGAUGAGGGGCGCAGGCUCCUCAGUGUCCCCAUGACAAUUCUUACACCUGCUUCCAGUAGUGCGGAUCUCAAUUCAAUGGAUGAUCAUCCAAGGGAAGACUUCAGACAGAGAAGUCUUUCCGACAGCCAUACAAGGCUACCUCGGAGAAGAUUUUAUUUGACCUCACCCCAACAGCAAACUCAGAGUUUCAGCUCUGAGUCAAACAUGUCUACAGACACAAGCCCUGUUCAGACGUACUUGUUAUCUCCUGACAUUGAAUCUCAUGAGUCAUACAAUCGAGAAGGAGGAUUUUAUCUUCUGCGCAAGGAUUCAGAAAGAAGGCAGACACUAGGACGAAUACUAGAGCAGGAUCAUGUUAAGAUUUGUGCUAACUGGUACACUAUGCUACAUAAAGAUACUACUAUAUCAAGACCAAAGCUUUCAUUGGAUCAUUUGAUGUAUAUUUUGAUGGGUAUAAAAGAAUUCAUACUAGAGCAAUCUAAAACAUCUAUUAAAGAAGCAAUUGAUAAAUUAUUAGAUACACUGAAGAAAGAAGAGCUGGAGUUAGAUGCACCUGUACUUAUGGAAAUCCAGUUAGCCCUUUAUGUCUUUCAAGAUGCUGUGAGUAUGAACCUAAGAGAACACAGCAUCAAACCUCACUGGAUGUUUGCCUUGGACAACCUUUUACGACAGGCUGUGCAGGUUGCCAUUACUAUCUUGUCUCCAGAAUUAGGAGCCAAUCUGACCAGUACAACCAGAGGUGAUGAGGAAGUUGUGACAUCUGGAGUUUCAUCUGCCAAUUCUUUGAAAGCACAAACGUAUCGUAAGCAAGUAGCCAAUGAGUUAGAGAAUCAGAGUGCAAUAUUACAAGAAGAAAACUUAAGAUUGCUUUAUGAACUGGUGGAGACUCAGAAGGAAUAUCAAUCCAUUUUAAAACAGUCAUUGCAAGAAAAGAAAAUGUCUAUUUUACAAUUAAGAGUAAUACUCACAGGGGAGGGAAGUCUUGAUAAUUCCAAAGAAUCCUCACCUGCACCAGAUGCCAUUGAUGAAGAAGAUCAUCCUGAUCUAACCAAGUGUGAUCAAGAUUUAGUUGCUUGGUUACAACAGUUAAGAAUUGAUGCUGACUCUAUCCAGGCUGUUUGUGAUGAAGAGUAUACUCUGGAUGAUAUCCUUGAACUUGUUACUUGGCAUGACCUUCAGCAACUGAACAUUAAAGGUGGCAUUCGGUGUCGUAUAUGGCGAGCCAUUCUAGAGCACAGAACAAAGCCUCGGGAAAAUGGAUAAAUUCAAGUUGUGUUUUUUUUUUCUUUCUGCCUUAUUUGUACAUAACUCAUGAAAUAAAAUGUCUAUAUUUCAUUUGUGUAAAUAGCCCAAUAUAAUAUUUGAACAUUUUGUUGCAUUUGUUUGAAAUCUUUAUUUAUGCCAGUCAAACUUUUGACCAUUUGCUUCAAAGCAUAAUUUCAGUAAAAUAAAACUUCAGUAUUGAAAUUGUAGAAAAACAAUAUCAAUUGAAAUAAAAAUUCUUAGCAAUUUUUAUUAAGGAAGACAUAAUGUUUUGUUUUAGGUAAUGCUCAAUGUAUUAGGUAAUGUUAUCUUUACUUAUGACAUAAUGUUGCUGUCAUAAGAAAUAGAGCUGUAAUGUUAAUGAAAUGUAGCUGAAAGUAUUCUAGUUGAGCAAAUUUGAAUCUCAGUCCAAAACUUGUGUAUUAAAUUGGAUAAUGUUGCUUUAAAUUGAUAGACUUGAAAACAUGAGAUGAUCAGUUUAUUUGCCUAAUAGCUAAAUAAUACAUUUAGACUUGUAACAUUUCUUGCUGUUGCUUGUCAAUGUGUUAUUGAGUUGCAGAGCUCAUUUGUAUAAACUGCAGUGCUGGUCGUAUCAGUUGUGCUUGUUGAGGUUUUGUUGAAACUAAGCAAAUAUUGUUAACUAUUGUUUGUUGGUUGCAUUCUUGUUUUUAUUCUGUUCAUAUGUCCACCUCAAGUCUUGAAACUUUCCUUUCAUUGUUUGUAUUUAUAAGUACUGUACACAAAACGUCUUUCUCAUCUUGGUGGCCUCUGGGCUUAUGCUAGAUAUGAUAUAAAUAUUUAACUUGAUAUAAAUAAAGAUAUUAAGUUGUGUGCAUUAGUUUUGUGUUAGGUUAACUCCAAGAUGGUGGAAAUCCCUCAAAUCCUAGUCGGCUUUGUGUAAGAGGCUAAGGAGUCAAAUACUGGAGUUUCACAUAAGCUUAAACUUGACAAGGAAACUUGAAGAGUCAAACUUGUUUCAACUACCAAAGCUAAAUAUAGUUUCAGCAUAACAUUUCAGAAAUUAUAAAUUGGAGAUCCUUUACAUACUUAAUUGUAGGGCUUAUCUGAAGGCUUGGAAACCAGAUUCUGGCAGCAACAAUCACAUUUGGUCAUUUCCUAACCUGAAAUCUGUCAAAAGUUUCUUGUUGUCUCAACAUUCCUUCCGAUGCCUUCAUUAACUUCUGAUACCAUAGUUAGCUCACUAUCUAAAUAGUUUCACUUGUGCAGGGUAUACUAGACUUUCUGUGAUCCUUAAGUAAGAUAACUACAAAUAUUCUGAUAUAAGCUGUCAUCAGUUUUCAAAAUAAUUUCUUUUUCUCAUAUCAUUUUCUUUGAUUCAUACAGAAUUAGUGAUAUAGUAAUAAUAAACAACAUUCAUAGUACAUCUGUCCAGCCAUAAAAAAUGUUUCAUUUUCUUGUCUAUGUGUAAAGGAAAUGUACAGCACUUCUUUCUUUGUCUUGAUUUUACUUCCACUUGCCUAUAUUAAUCUUUGGUGCUUUAUUUAUGGAAGAAAGUUAAAUAAUCAAAAGUUCAAAAGAACAGAAAUAAUUUGAUUACCAUAAUUAAUUUACCUUAAGAUUUAUAGUUGAAUCAAGCAAAUUUCUUUUUGAUGUCUUUUAAAAACAAAAACUACCAACUUUUAGAUGAAUUUAUGGUGAAGAGAUUUGGUUGACUUGAAAUUAUGCUUUUGGAUUUCUGAACAAAUCUUUAAGAUGUAAAGCACCAUUUGACAAGUGAAGUUUCUUGAGUUUCACAUGGUAAGUUGUGAACACUCACUUUUUCUUCAGAUUGUGCAAAUUUAAGACUUUAUCGGGUAGAUUAGCUGACAAAUUCUCCACAUUUCAACAGGUCAUUUCCACAUUUAGUUUCAAAUACCAUUUUAAAUUUGUUUAGAAACUUUUUGAUGUAAAGACAACUAAAUGACAAAACAUUAAAAAUUUGUUUAGAAACUUUUUGAUGUAAAGACAACUAAAUAUUGAAACAUUUAAUUUUUGUGUAACCCUUUGCGUGUAUUGUGUAAGACUAUAAUGAUUGCUUCAACACAAACAUCACUUCACUGUUACCUUAGACACAACCCAUCACUCAGAAGAUUGGAGCCCAAUUCCUUUACCAAAUUAAGUCAAAUACUGCACUUUAUUUACUAUAAACAUCUCAAACUAGCAUUCAUUUAUUUUUUAAUACAAUGCCACCUUCAUUUUAACUUUCAUUUAUUUAAAUUAAUAGUAUGUUUUUAGGAAAAUUAAAUAAAUAUGUAGUUACUAAAAAAAAAUAAUCUAAUAGUGUUUUAUUUGAGUGAUGGCUAUUUAGGAUCUAAUCCAAUAUUUUCAAUAUCCUGCCUAACCUCCAUACAUUUGGUCAAAUUGGUCUUAUUACUUUUUAAAGAAAUUCAUUAUAAUUUGUUUUUAUCUGUGCAGUAAUUAAAAAUGGAGGACAGUUAAUUUAUUAAAACAAAUAAUAUUUUUUGUGUCCAAGAGAAAAGAUUUUUUUGUUAACAACUAUUCCCUGUACUAUCCCUUAAGGGUACUGGUAGUUGAUGCUGUCUGAGGUUACCAUAAAUGUAUUUUGUGUGAUCAGUUGUGGAGAAUAUUUAGUUCUUGGAAUAAUCAGCUGUAUUAAGACCUGGUCCUUGAUGUAAUCAGCUGUAGAGACUUGGUCAUCAGUGCUUCGCAUACUAAUAUUGCUAAUUCUUAUUUUAGGUAGAGUGAUGUUUAUUGGGUUUGCAGUAAGACACAUAUUUCAAUGUUGUUGAUGGAAUGUCCACAAAACAUUUUUGUGAUAUAUGCUUUUGAUUGAUUUAUACAUGAAAUAAUCUGUACAUAGCAGUUCUGUGUAGUUUUAGUCAAGUAUUUAGUGACAUGGUAUGCUGUUGGUAGUUUAAGCUUCCUGUUUGAGGUGGAGUGUCUUGUGGUGCUGCUCUUAUAAAUAUUAGCAACUGUGUGAAUCUUGAUACUGUUACUGUUAGUAUUAGACACUUUCUGUUGAGCCAAGGUUUAGUGCAUACAUUUGUUUAAAGAAUAUUUUUAUGCUUUUUUUGGCAGUGAUUUUUUUUUAAAUCUUGGCUUAGCUUCCCCCACCCCACCCUCCUUUUCAUCCCCCCUCCCAACUACAGACAAGGGAAGAAAGUUUUAAAUCAAUGGUAAUGAAUUUUAUUUCACUUGUCAAGUCUGCCAACUUUAUGGAAUUUGGCAGAAUAUAAGUCAUUGAUUAACAUGCAUGACUAGUUGGAUCUAGGGACAUUCGUAGGACAUAAUAGUAUUUUUUUUAAAGUAAUGUAUGUUAUUUAUAAGAUUAGUUCAAAAGCUUCCAUUAGCAACACUUUACAAGGGUUUCAGGAUGCCUGCUUACCGACUGCCUUCUCUCCACAAUUGAUAGACUUUGACCUGAAGGGUAGCGUUUGGUUUCAGCUCCACCAAAUUGUAUUCUUACUCUUGAAUGCUUAUGUGUUUACAAUGUUAGAUACAUACUUAAGCCAGUAGUAACCUAAUUUACAGCUACUGAUGACUCCAUAAUGUGUAACUUUUGAAAAUAUUUUAUUUAUGUCCAUUGUCUUGUAUGAACAAAGUAAACUAAAAUCUAUAUCUAAUAUAUUAACUGGUAUUGUUAACACUAUUUUUUUUUAAUACAAGAAUUUAUUUGUGUUAAAAAUCCUAUCCAUAAUUUAGAUCAUUUUUGUUAUUGUUAAAGGUGGUUAUUUCAUCAAAAUUUCUUAUUUUAUCACAUUUGCAAACACUUGCAAAGCUAAUAAAUAAAUGAUUUUAAUUGUUAAACUUUUUGUUAAUUGCAGCAAUUCAAAUUAAAAAUAUAAAUUUUAACAUUGUUUAAAAAAUAUAUGAUUUCUUGAAUGCAAGUGAUAGAUAUUCCAUCUGUAUGUGAUACUGAUUUCACUGAAUACAUUGCUUUGUAAAUAUUGACGAUGCAAUUUGGCUUGAAAAUAUUUGACUGAAAUUACUUUGUGUAUAUUUGUAAUGAUAUUAAACAUGUUUUGAAUAA